AUGGACGACUGCACCAGCAUCCCCGAGGACCGGCCCAUCACGCACUUCUCCGUUGUCUACACCUCGACCGUGACCUUCUUCGGCAAUAGGAGCGACUACACCCCUCCUUACGAGCCGCUGGCCACGCCCAACUUUUGCACGCCAACCUCGGCUCGGGCCUUCGCUCCGGCACACGGGCCGAGUCUCGAGCCCUUGGUCCAUUAUACUGCCGCUGGCAUUAAACCCACCGCUAGGAAAGGCAUGGCACAUGCCUUCCGUCCCUCAUUCACCUUCAUCACGACCGACAAGAACCCCUCGGUCGCCUUUCCGUCUGAUCCCCCACCUCGCUUUACUCCAACCCGAGGUCAGCUGGUAGAAGAUCACGGAAACGCCGACCACAAACCGGCUGCUGGCGAUGGUGGUUCCGGCGACGGGGAUAUCGGUAGCGUCAUGCACAUGACGGCUGCCGGCGGCGGCGAUCACGGCAGUGGUGACCAAAAAAAGCCUGACGACGAUGAUCAUCCUCGCAUCGUUAAUCACGGCAGCGGCAAUCACAAGCCGGCUGGCGGUGCUGGUGAUGGCGUCGGCGUCGACGUGAAACCCGCGGGACAUGGGUUACCAACCCCCGAUGCCGCGAGCGUGAAGCAAGGUAGACUUCCCAGCUUCAAGAUCACAGCCCGGGGCAACCAAGUCACCAUCAACGACAAGACAUUUUCCGACCUGGAACCGGAAAAGACGUCUGUCGUGACUGCUAAUGGUGCCCUGUUCACGAUACUCCCCAACGCCAUCGUGGGCGCGGGAGCAACGAUUCAAAAGCCUGUACCAGCCGGGACCGUCGUCUCGGUAGCGACGCCCACGGGCGAUGUGGUGGGCGGCUUACCCGUGACACUGAAGGGUUCCGAGGCCGUGGUCGGUGACGCAACAUUGACAAUGGUAGAAGAGGGCACCGCCACCGUCGUGGACGGCCAGCAAGUAUCCCUCAAGCCGGGGACGCUGGUCGUCGGGAUGCAGACUCUCUCUUUCGAGCCCGUGAUGCCGUCGCGCGAGAAGGAGAUGUUGGUCAAGGGCGGAGAACUGCUCACUGCCAUUGGCCGGAGCGUUGUCGUCAUACACUCGACGACAUUCACCUACGGCCCCGCAGUCGCGGAGACAACCCAGGUUGUCAAUGGCGACACCAUCACCAUUGGGCCCUCGGGCGUCUUUGUUCACGGCAUCUUCAUUGGCGGGCCAUCGGCCAAUGCCACAGAGACCAGGUUUGAGGUCGUGGGAGGCGCGACCAUUACGAGAAUCGCUCCCUCGCUGGCGGUCAUCAAUAGCGCAACCUUUACAAUUGGGCCCGGAACCCACUGGACGACCACGGUCAUCGCCGGGGAGACAUUAACAAUUGGGCCUACGGGGGUCGUCAUGUCGACGGUGACGCUCAAGUAUCCCUUUGGAUUGGCCGUUACCUCGACAGUCAGGCCUACCGGGACAUAUUCCAGCGACGUGCCCGUUGAGACGGCAGGCAAGGGCGACGAAGGCGAUGGCAGCGACAAAGGAGGCGACGACAGCGACAAUGGCAGCGACGACGACAGCAUGGGCAGCCUAGUAAGCCCCGAAUUCCACGUGGGCUGGGUAGCUCUCAGCAUAGCGAUUGGCAUUGUUCUAUGGGUGUAA